GUGUCCUCCGCCCGGAAGACGCAGAUCGUGUCCUGAGGGACCCCGAGCCUCUCAGCCCGAGAGACGGCGGAGUGCCGGACACUGCGCCCGCGCCUCGCGCGGGCUUCUCCGGACCCCCGGGGCGCCUCCGGGCCCUUCCCCGGGAGAAGCGCGUUUCCUGGCGCCGCCCGGACCCGCCCUGCGGAUGGGACCCCUCAGACGCCCGGGCUGCGGCUUCCGGAGCCCGCGCUGAGGAGGCGUGUGGGGGGAGGGGCGGGAACAAGGGCGCCCCCGCAGGCGGCCCCUCCAGCCCCUCCGUCCCCCUCUCCGGGCGCCCUGCCCUCGGCGAGAAAGGCGGGCACUGGAACGUGAAGAGGAACUCGGACGCGCUCACCAGCCCAGGUCUCUGAGCCCACGACUCGCUUUCCUGUGUCACCGCCGCAGGCAGGCGGGCCACCGAGCUCCAGGAGGACGACCCUGAGGACUCCGAUGAAGAACGGGCCCCGAGGCAGCACGUGAAAUCCUGGGUGGCCUUCAGAAGAGAACACAGUAAACACCGGAAGGCAACAUCCAGGUUGCCAUUAAGCAAUGAAUAUAGUUUGAAGGAAUUGUCAGGAACAACAAAUUUGAUGACUGCAAGUGACUCAGAGCAUUCCCAGAAACCAGUGUCCUCUCCUGGAGAAGCAUGUGCCUUUGGAAAGCACACUAGAUGAAAAUCAGAACUCAGGAGAAGGGAAAUGGACGGGAAGAUGUACAGCCUACGAGAAAGAAAGGGCCGUGUGUACCAAGAGGUCAACAAGCCCCAGGAUGAUGACUACCUUUAUUGUGAGAAGUGUCAGAACUUCUUCAUCGACAGCUGUGCGGUGCACGGACCCCCUACAUUUGUAAAGGACAUUGCAGUGGACAAGGGACAUCCCCACCACUCAGCCCUCACCUUGCCCUCUGGGUUGAGAAUUGGGCCAUCAGGCAUCCCUGAGGCUGGGCUUGGAGUGUGGAAUGAGGCAGCAGACUUGCCAGUGGGUCUGCACUUUGGCCCUUAUGAAGGACACAUCACAGAAGAUGGAGAGGCAGCCAAGAGCAGAUACUCCUGGCUGAUCGCCAAAGCAAGAAACUGCUAUGAGUAUGUGGAUGGAAAGGACAGAUCCUGGGCCAACUGGAUGAGGUAUGUGAACUGUGCCCGGGAUGAUGAAGAGCAGAACCUGGUGGCCUUUCAAUACCACGGGCAGAUUUUCUACCGAACUUGCCAGGUCAUCAGGCCGGGCUGUGAGCUGCUGGUCUGGUUUGGGGACGAGUAUGGCCAGGAGCUGGGCAGCAAGUGGGGCAGCAAGUGGAAGAGAGAGCUUGCAGCCAGGAGAGCAAAACCAAAGCCAGAGAUGCAUCCAUGUCCCUCCUGCUCUCUGGCCUUCUCCAGUCAGAAGUUCCUCAGCCAACAUGUGAAAGUCAAUCAUCCCUCUCAGAUUCUCCCAGGAACAUCUGCAAGAAAACGCCUCCAAGUGGGGGAACCCUGCCUAGAGGAUGAGAAUCAGCAGCAGCAACAUACUAACACACACAACUGGAAUGAUAAAACUGAAGGUCAAGAGGUCAAAGAGAGGUCAAAACCUUUGCUUAAAACAAUCAGUCAGAGGAGAAUCUCAAGACCCUUUUUCCAACCUUCCAAAGAACGAAUGAGGAGCUCUAGUGGGCAUAAGAAAAUGAUGGAGGGAGAGCCCCACAAAGACCAGAAAGAGAGUCCAGAGGACACAGGCAAGUUCUUUGUUAAAGUAGGAAUGUCAAGAAUUGUAACAAAUAAGCAUAGAGGGUGUGGGCAAGGCUUCAGUGAUAGGUCAUAUCUCAUCAGAGACCAGAGGACACACUCAGGGAAGAAGCCCUAUGUUUGCAGUGAGUGUGGGCGAGGCUUUACACGGAAGUCACAUCUUGUCACACACCAGAGGACACACUCAGGGGAGAAGCCCUAUGUUUGCAGGGAGUGUGGGCGAGGCUUUACACAGCAGUCACAUCUUGUCAGACACCAGAGGACACACUCAGGGGAGAAACCUUAUGUUUGCAGUGAGUGUGGGCGAGGCUUUGCAUGCAAGUCAGGUCUCAUCGCACACCAGAAGACACACACAGGGGAGAAGCCCUAUGUUUGCAGGGAGUGUGGGAGAGGCUUUGCAUGCAAGUCAGGUCUCAUCAUGCACCAGAAGACACACUCAGGGGAGAAGCCCUAUGUUUGCAGGGAGUGUGGGAGAGGCUUUACACAGAAAUCAGUGCUCAUCAUACACCAGAGGACACACUCAGGGGAGAAGCCCUAUGUUUGCAGGGAGUGCGGGAGAGGCUUUGCAUGCAACUCACAUCUCAUCAGACACCAGAAGACACACUCAGGGGAGAAGCCCUAUGUUUGCAGGGAGUGCGGACGAGGCUUUACACGCAAGUCAGUUCUCAUCAUACACCAGAGGACACACUCAGGGGAGAAGCCCUAUGUUUGCAGGGAGUGCAGGAGAGGCUUUACACAGCAGUCAAAUCUCAUCACACACCAGAGGACACACUCUGGGGAGAAGCCCUAUGUUUGCAGGGAGUGUGGGAGAGGCUUUACACGGAAGUCAGUUCUCAUGAUACACCAGAGGACACACUCAGGGGAGAAGCCCUAUGUUUGCAGGGAGUGUGGGCGAAACUUUACAAGGAAGUCAGUUCUCAUCAUACACCAGAGGACACACUCAGGGGAGAAGCCCUAUGUUUGCAGGGAGUGCAGGCAAGGCUUUACAUGCAAGUCAGGUCUUAUCACACACCAGAGGAUACACUCAGGGGAGAAGCUCUAUGUUUGCAGGGAGUGCAGGCGAGGCUUUACACAGCACUCAAAUCUCAUCACACACCAGAGGACACACUCAGGGGAGAAGCCCUAUGUUUGCAGGGAAUGUGGGCGAGGCUUUUCACGGAAGUCAAUUCUCAUCACACACCAGAGGACACACUCGGGAGAAAGCCUAUGUUUGCAGGUAACCUGAGUGAAUCAUUAGCAUUAAGUUGGAUUAUCAACAGCCACUGGGAGUCUAGGGCCCAUUACUCUCCCUAAGAUUCUAAUUAGUACAGCAGUAACUGGUUAAACAAACCCUCCAGUUUCAGGACAAGAGAUGAGAUUGACAAACAGUUCCAUAAGUGAUAUGGGAAUGUCAGCACCAAUCUCCAUGGUUUUUUGACAUCUUAUUCUUAACAGUUUUGUCUCCAUACAAAUAUGAAACCCACAUCCCACAUUCCCCCAUCACUGAAAGCAGAGAGUUCGGGAAGAGCCACAAAGAACUCAUCCUCUCAGCCACAGAAAUUCAACCCCUACAAAUGGGGAAGUCUUGAGACAGAUUCACCAGGGAAGGGAAUUCCCCAGACUCCUGGGAUGGGGGCCUUCUUCUCCUAAUAGGCUCCCUACCCUCCUCCCUUGGCUUCCCUUGGCUCUUCUGGUUUCCUGCAACCUCUGGAGCCUCAGAGGUGAACGGCAGCAAGGGAUGUAUGCUUGUGCAUGGAUGUGAGCCUGGCUCAGUCUGGGCACCUGGUCUUCCUCACUCUCCUUGCUGCCCCUUCAGGGUCAGCACUUCAUGGUGCACAGCAUACCAGUUCCACAUCGGUGCAUGGUGGGUGUGAUUCUGAGCUCUGUCUUCUCCAGCUGUGUGACCUAAGGCAAGAUUCUCAACGCCUCUCUGCCUGUUUCCUAGUCUGUACAAUGGAAAUGGGAACUCCAGCCUUUUUGACAUUCAAAGUUGAGUCAGCACAGACAGAAUCUGGCAAGAGGAUCACUGAAAUCACAAGCCCUGGUGAACAGUCCUCAGUGCCCUUGUCUUCUGGGUCUUUAGCACUGGACAAAGGAAGAUAAGGACAGGGUCGGGAUCUGUAGCCAAAUUCAGAUUUUGAGCAAACCCCAUUGCUUUCCCCACAUAGACUCAACUGCUCUGAGAAGGAAGCAUGAGGUGGGGAUGUGCCUCCAUCCAGAUUACCACCCUCUCACUGAGCCUGGGCAUCCUCACAGCCUCCUCAACACAGGCAGGUGCUACUGAGAGUGACCUGUGAAACAAGACCCUCACCCAUCCCUUGCUGAGAACUGACACUGGGAACAGCACAUACCUGCACUGGUCUGUUAGGUAGGAUAGAUCGUAAGCCAAGGCAGGGAGGAUGAGGAAGAUGUGUCACCCACUAACAGCAGUCCUGAGCCUGGUCCAAUUCUAUUGCCAGAUGGCCCAACAUCACAAGAAACUAUUCUAACACAUUGAACUUCUAGGUAUCAUUUCCAGUAUCUGGCAAAGAAGGGCUUUCAAACUGGAUUCAUUCCAAGGCCUAGAAGAUGGCAGGGGGUCCACAGCAAGGAAAGAACCCAUAAAACAAAAUUGGGCAAUUGUUUGCCUCUGCCUACUAUCUUUUAUGAGAGGGUCCCUAAUGUUUACAGAAAGCCUAUAGGUAACUUUGGGUAACUGCCUCAACUUUAACUGUUCCCUGUCAUGGAUCUAUUUUACAAGAUGACAAAAUGGUGUCUGAAGCCAGAUAAGGAUUCAGGCUAAUGACCCCCACCCAUACCUACGUGUGGGUAGUUUCAUCCCCUGUGGAAGCUGGCACCACUUUUACCUGUCAAUCCAUAUGUAACUUCUUCGCCCCCAUCCCAUCAACUAUAUAAGUCCUGAAGACAAAGGACCUGGUGCUCUUGACACCCAAGCUGUUGCCUUUCACCCCCACCUCAGCAAGACCUGUCCUCUUCCUUGAGAACGUAUCACUAAUAAACCCUCCUUGCACACUAAUACACUUGCUGAUCUGUAAUCCUUUACAGCAUUGGCAAGAAGAACCGAGUUUCUCCUGUGACAGGUGCACCCAAUCUACAUAUGGCAUUCAUGAAGCCCCCAACACAGGAGCUUCCAUAAUGCACUUUCCUUGUACCUGGGACCCACAGGGCUUCAUACAUCAAUGACACCAUCUUGAAACUAGUACUUACUGUAUCUUUAAACUUUUGUUUGUAAAUUAAAGCCUAAUGGGGUAAUGGACAUGCACGAUGUUGGUCAUUCCUGGCCACCCAUUCACAGAUAAUGUCCACAAUGGCCCAAGAGCACAAAAUUCCCAUGGACCCAAUUCGGGGGAGUCCAGCAAGACUCAGGGUGAGAACAGGGUAAACACCUACAUCUGGUGCUAACAGCUCCCAGAAGUCACACUUUUCUUAGAACCAGAGUUGAGUUCAAUACAGAGAGAUGGUGAACAACUCAUGAGGACCCUGUCGUACCCUCUCCUGCAUGAGGGAGACCUAAGCAUGACCCACCCUGUUCCUGCUGGGGUGGGUUCACCAAACAGGGACACCCACCCCCAUGACCUGAAAUGAUGACCUUUCUGUCCCAGUGCCAGGCUUGUGAAGAGUGUCUAUAUAAAUU